GAGGCGUAUAUAGGGCCCUUUAUGUGAAAUAGCCGAAUGAGAGGCACUUCAUCACUGUCAAUUGAUACCAACCACACCUACAGGCCAUAGUUCACCGAAGACAUCACAAGUUGAUUUUAUAUCUUCAAAAAUGAGUGCCUCACAAAUCCACAAUAUCCAUGGCCAGUUCCACCCUCAUCAUCACAAAUGUGAACAUCUGGAAUCCCCAAAGCACAAACCCGGAGUCAAAGCAUCGCCAAGCGACCAUGCCCCAGAGUUCGCAGCAGAGACGUUCCCCCCAGGCACAGCACCCGCAGACAGAAGUUUCCAGCCCAAUCCGGUAGAGGAGAUCCCGGGCCAGGCAAUGAACGAAAACGUCGAGGAAGCCCAGGGUAAGGAAGCGGUCAAAACUACUGCUGCCUCCACCCUGACGGGAGCAAGCUCUGCAGAUGUGAACAAAGGACUGGGGCAUGCAAUGGAAGGAGAGUCGUCGGUAGAGUACAGACAUGGUGGAGAGAAGCACAGAAAGCAUGAAGGGUCCGGCUUUGAGGGCGUGGGAGCGAACCCACCUCGGGUUGGAGAUGACCUGAGGAGACUCGAGAGGGAGGACACCACAGCAAAAGGCGGGAAGGCCGGCGGGAAGGGGAUCCCCGCUGAAGAGAGGCAGCCCGAAACCGCCAGCAACGUUUCCGCUGAGUAUCAUCACCACCAUCACCACCACCACGGCCACCACCAGCCCCAGACGGGUUGAUUUUUGCGAGUGGUACGGAGCACUCCGUGUUCCCCAAGGCAAAGCAUUGACGCUGCUGCUGUGUUAACCUAAAAUCUAUUUGUAUGCGCCUCGGCAACGCAGACCAGUCCUGACGAUAGUUAAAAUAGUGAAACUCAACUCCAAGACGCGCUAGUCGCAAAUGAAGUGAUCUCAGCUCCGACUUGGCGUCGCUUCUUGUUCCCCAGAUCCGAGCCGUAGAACAUCUCUGGAACAUCUAGAGAAGGACAGUGAUGUUAAUAGCUGAACUGCCAAUACUCCCUUCAGGAUCGAACAGCU